AUGCAAGGUCAUACUCUUGCCUUUUUGUUACUUUCCAUAGUCUUCGCGGAAGGAAUUUUUUUCUCAUCAAAACCAAAAUGUCCAAUUAAAGUAUAUAAAUCAAGCAAAUAUAUAACAGGAGAUACAUUAUUACUUCAUGAAAAUUUUCAUCCUCGUGUUAAACCUUUAGAAAAUGUGGCACAAGGAUGUAAAGUACAUUUAUAUAUUAAAGGAUCAUAUUAUCAAUUACGAGAUCCAGCACAACAAGUCUUAGUUUCUGAAGCUGAUGUAGUCAUUGGUCAUGGUUUUCAAUUCGAACUUCGAGAUGAAAAAAAUGCACUUUUAUGCAAUAAAAUAUGUCUUUCAAAAAAUCCAAUGGAUACACCAGCAGUGAAAUGUUUUUUGCAAGGUGCAAUUAAUCAUGGUUUCACAUGGUCACGAUUUAAUACAGAUGUUUUAAGUGAUGGUACAUAUGCUGCCAAUACAGGUGGAUAUCAAGCAUUGAAAAUAGACAUUCAAACAAGAUGUCAAAAUGAAAAAUUAAAACGACAACUCUUACGAGCACUUCGUAAGAUAAAUGCUGGUCCAUGGAGUUUACCUACAUCGUACUUGGAAUUGAUGAACCGAAAUGGAUCAACCGUACAGUUGAGCACAUCAAUUAUCGGUGACAUGAGUGGUCAGUGUAGUUUCGGAGCUAAAUUCAUCCCAUAUUACAACAACAGCCAAGGUAAUGCCGUGGUUCUGAUGUGUUCAUCAUUUACUUUUCCUGGUGGUGAUACUGUCUUUUUCCGACUGAAAAUUGGUUCUUUAACAUUAAAUAUCACUCCUAUUGGCAGUCCAUUGGUAUUCCAUUCUGAAAGUUCAUUCGCAAGAUUUUCAUCCCAACCAGUAACAAUCAGUAACGACGUGUAUUUUCUCUUAAAUUCCUAUCCUUCCGGUUCCAACAAUUAUUCUGUCGGCCAUUUGAAUUUGGUUGAUUUCACAUUCGAAACAUGGCCAGUAGUGCAUUCAUCAAAUUCGUCAAUAUUUCUAGAGCCACAUACGGGUGCCUUUACCAAUGUCGCUCAAAUAGACAAAUUGCUUUUUUCUGUUCCUUGUUCAUCUCAUGAUCUAUCGGCUUCUAUACCUGAAAUGCUAUGUACUUACAAAUAUUCAAGUGAAAAAGAAUUCAUUCUUAUCGGAAUGAAUUCAAUUCCCAAUGCAAGCAGUAAUCGAAAUCUGUACUUGUACUCUCCAGGAGAACAACAAUGGGGUUUGACCAUUACAAGUGAUCCGGCUACUUGGUCAGUUUUGAUUAUGAACACACGAUUUACGUCACCAACUAAUUCUUCUCGUGAUUUGAUUUACGGAGGCAUAUUAAACGAUACAGAUGUUAUUUUAACAUACUCCAUAUCGGCUAGCAUUUCACAAGUGAGAAAUGGUUGUUUCUAUCUAGCUACAGCACAUAGCCGAACAAAUGAACUGGUCGUACAACAGUUGAAAUUUGGAGAAGAUUUUAAAAGAACGCCGACCAUACUUGUCGAUUCAACGACAGUAUCACAACCGACAACCAGCUUCGCGUUGACAAUCUUAUUUGCAACUAAAAACUAUCUCUUCGUCUUGGAUGAAUUGAAUAUUUACCGAUAUGUUGCAGAAUGUUGAUAUUGUUCUUAUUUUUAAUAAAGAAUAUGUGAGACCAUUGCAUUUUUUCUUCAAUAUUAGGUGACUUUAUUCUCUCAACUGAAGAGAGGAUCAUAGGAAAUAAAAUGAGUUUGUAUGUUUGCUUACACAUAUAAAGUCACGUGUGCACAUGCUUUAUGAAGAUUUAGGGCAGCUCUUUGAAAUUACCUUUUUUUUUGCUAGACUGAGUGAAUAUGAAAAAAUAUUCAUCGUAUUAAUGUUGAAUGGAAUAAUGGUACCAAGCAUUAAUAAACUUCGUAAAAGUCCUAUGACACGAGUCACAAAUGAUAGGCUAUCCAAUUUCCAAUUGUAAAACAAAGGUGAUUGAUAGGUUGUAGUUAAUACUGGUUGAUUCUCUUGUAAAUAUUUCCAAGUCAAUGCUGCAAUAUAAUCUGGUGGACAUUUUGAAUCAGCAUCACAUGUUGUUACAAGAAUAUUUUUCAUAUCAUCAUCAACAACAUUCAUUUGACUAACAACCAUUCGAAGACCAUAAUUCGAAUUCGAACAUUUACCUGGAAUUUCAUUUGGCAAGCUAUAUGGAUGAACAGUAAAUAUGAUUCGUUCAAAUCCAACAUCUUUGAAUUUAUUCUGUAAGUAUUUACAUUUUUCUUGUUUAUCGGGU